CUGGGUAGUGCAGUGCUGAAUACUGAAGCUAGGGGUCCCGUGUCUGUUAUGAAAUGGUUUGAAUCUGGAUUGCAGCCCGGUCAUAUACUGCUGUGCUCAAUUUGGUAGCUAGCUAGCUUGGUGUUUUUUCUUCGAUUCGUGCAUCUUGGGGGUUAGCUGAACCGAAUAAUAUAAUAUAGUCCAUAUAGAAGCAGUGCAACGGAGCGCCGUGGACAGCUAGCUGACGUUAAGUAGCUAGGUGUCCUGUCUCGGAAGAGGGUAGAAUUACUCUCGGUCUCUCUGACUGCAUUGCAGCGCUGUGCUGCUGGUGGAAUUCAAGCCCGUUAACAAUGGCGACUCACAGCCCUAGCAGCAACUCAACAACCUCCUCCAGCCACAACAGCAAUAGCGCAGGAUCUACAGCUCUGCCACACCACCACCAAUCCCAGUCUCAACACAUAACGACCAUGAGCAGCAUGCAGGAAACCAACACGUGCUGGAGGUGUCAGAGCGAAACAGGCAAACGCAAAGCACUGAAGUUAAAUUUCGCUAAUCCCCCGAUCAAACCCACCGCCAGAUUCACACUCAACACAGCGGGUCCUCCCUUCCAGAAUCCGCACAUAGAGAGGCUGCGCACGCACAGCAUCGAGUCGUCGGGGAAGCUGAAGAUCUCGCCAGAGCAGCACUGCGACUUCACGGCCGAGGACCUGAAGGACCUGGGCGAGAUCGGGCGGGGCGCCUACGGCUCCGUCAACAAGAUGGUGCACAAGCCCAGCGGCCAGAUCAUGGCUGUCAAGCGGAUCCGGUCGACGGUGGAUGAGAAGGAGCAGAAGCAGCUGCUGAUGGACCUGGACGUGGUGAUGAGGAGCAGCGACUGCCCGUACAUCGUCCAGUUCUACGGCGCUCUCUUCCGGGAGGGAGACUGUUGGAUUUGCAUGGAGCUCAUGUCUACCUCGUUUGACAAAUUCUACAAAUAUGUAUAUUGUGCAUUAGACGACGUGAUUCCCGAGGAAAUACUAGGCAAAAUAACGUUAGCUACUGUGAAAGCACUUAACCACUUAAAAGAAAACUUGAAAAUAAUUCACAGAGACAUCAAGCCAUCCAACAUCCUCCUGGACAGGAAGGGCAACAUUAAGCUCUGUGACUUCGGCAUUAGCGGGCAGCUCGUAGACUCCAUCGCCAAGACCCGAGACGCCGGGUGUCGGCCCUACAUGGCGCCGGAGAGAAUAGACCCCAGCGCCUCCCGGCAGGGCUACGACGUGCGGUCCGACGUGUGGAGCCUGGGGAUCACGCUGUACGAGCUGGCCACGGGCCGGUUCCCCUACCCAAAGUGGAACAGCGUCUUCGACCAGCUGACGCAGGUGGUGAAGGGCGACCCGCCCCAGCUCAGCAACUCGGAAGACCGGCAGUUCUCCCCGAAAUUCAUCGCCUUCGUCAACCUGUGCCUUACAAAGGAUGAGUCGAAAAGGCCAAAGUACAAAGAGCUUCUGAAACACGCGUUCAUACUGAUGUACGAGGAGCGCUCGGUGGACGUGGCCAGCUACGUCUGCAGAAUCCUGGAUCAGAUGCCCACCUCCCCCAGCUCACCCAUGUACGUGGACUGACCCUCCCCAGAGGAGGCGCAGAGGCGGACGGGCCGGGGAGCGAAAGAAAAGGAAAAAAAAAGAAAAAGAAAAAAAAAGAUGCAAAAAAACAAACUACGGUAUAAAAAUCUGCUUUUGUCGAAUGCCGCAGCGUUUGACGUUAAGUAAAACCCACUGGUGCAGUCGAUGGCCUUCGUGUGUAAGCACCAUUUUAAAACCCUCGGAGAUGACACUCGAAACGAUUUUGACUCGGUAACGUGUGUGUAAUUGUCAGUAAAAGAGCUCAUCGCAGAUGGCGCCUUGUUUCACGGGCGGCGGGGCGCUACGUGCGCGGUAAUCCCGGCCAUCUUGGUUUCCGUUUGUGUUGGCUGUGCUUCCCCGCUGGCCGUGCGGUCUUUUUGGCACACGGCUAGCUGAGAGGACAUCGGAGCGGUGCCGGCUGUGUGGCCCGCAAACGGAAAACGUUGGGCUGCCAGUCUAGUGCUGAAAGGGGCUGCAAUAGAAAACGAAUGGAAAAAUUUGGCUGGAUUUAUUCAAUUAAAAAAAAAAAAAAGAAUCUGUUUGAGUUUAUCUCCCUGACCUUUGUGUAGUUUGCUAGCCAUACCUGUCUCCUGAUGGCUCAAGGACAGACGUGCCUAGCUGGCUCAUAGAUUAACUGUGUUUUAGAUUUUAAAAUUUUUUUUUUUUGCAAUUCAUCACAAAUGAUGCUAAAUAAGAGUAAUGCGUGUGUAAUGGUAAAACUGAUUUUAGAACUGUGUUCACAAAGGCCGUUUCACCGGUGGGUUUUGUUUGACUUUAAGAGAAGAAAAAGUACCCAAACCCCCCACCCCCCCCCCCCCCCCCCAACACCCCACUCCCACCCCCUGUCUGCCCGACACCUUGUGCAAUAAGAUCGGUGUUCAUUUCAAUCAUGUCUGUAUAUUGGCAUCUACACAAGUACUCUCUCUCUCUCUCUCUGUCUCUCUCGUGCACAUACGUAACAGUCGCACACUAGUAAACUGAUCAUGCCGUGGUCUUGGCUCAUGUUGAUGACCUCAUUCAUCUCUUACGUGAACACAGUGUAGUGAUGAAAAUCUGGAAAUAUAUUUAUAGUAUUAAAUCACUUGUGGAGUAUCAUUUCUUUUUUGUUUUUUGUUUUGUUUUUGGAGACGUGUCAAUCAGCAUAUGAUAUUAGAACCGUAUUUUGUGGACAGUCCCGCCUCCACCGUCUCUGUAUGACUGUUGAGCAGUGUGUGUGUGUGUGUGUGCGCGUGCACACGCGUGCGUGCAUUGGUGUGUAUAUAUAUGUGUGUGUGUUUGUGUGUGUCGGCACAAAGGAAAAUUAGUUGGUGGACAGGAGUGAAUUUUACCCAGCAUGCACAAGUCUAAUCGAGGUUGUUCGUGUGCCUUGCUGUUGCAGUGGAUCUGCUGAUAGUGAAGACAAUAGAAGAGAGAGGGAAAGUUUCACUAGACAUUGAUUUAGACACGUGUCCACAUGUACGAGAGCUUUCACUGUUUACGUAUGGCCAAUACACGUGCGUAGAGAAGCGCGGAAAUGUAAACUUGCGUCACGCACUUGCACGCGCCCACAGACUUGCUAUCUCCAGGCACUGCGAACUUCACACACUAUGUAAAUACGUGCAACCAUUUUGCCCCUUCAGAAAUCAUGAAAUGUAUGGCUUUCCUUAAUGGGGGGGGGUGGAGGGGGGGAGAAAAAAAAUGUAAAAAAAAGGAAAAAUAUUUUAUACAUUACCUUUACACCACAAGUGGAAAGAGCCCUUUGUUCUGGGUCCUGGGGGGGUGCGUCCCCCCCCCCCCCCAAGUCCAGUCCUCAGUGGUUUGCCCCACUGUUGGCAUCGGCGGAAUGUUGACCUGUCGUCAGGUGUAAUGUGGAGCCGUGCUUUGCCGCGUGCCGUUUGAGUAAGGAUGUUAGUUCACCGUGGCCAGGUAAGAACCUGCCGCUCCAAAGCCAUGCCGCCGCUGCCGCCGUUAGCCUGGGACUUCCGGUUGUGGUUCUGGGUGACCUGCUUGUGUACCUGCCGAUUUCGGGGUCCUCCUGACUUUUUAGUGAAUCUAGCUGUCGCUUGAUCGAUGUGGGCUUGCUAUCGAGUAGCGCUAACUUUGUCAGCUGACGUCUCACUUUGUGAAGUGCUCACCAUCCAAACUGCAGAAAAAUUAGAAGGUCUGUUUUCCCCCCCACGAUGCACCACAAUUUGCAGUCUCCCGAAAGCUGAAACUUCCUGUUAAAUAACGGAUUCGGUGCACACAGCAGGUCACAGUGACCCCGAAACGGUCCGCAGGGUCGUUUGAACCGUUAGGUUAAUAAACCGACCGCGUUACUACGGGCAACCCUUUCAUUAUUCUUUAAUGUUUUUAUUUGGUACUCAAAUGAGUGUAAAUGUCAACCAGUUUUUAAAAACCAUGACUAAAAUGGUUUUGGGGGGGGGGGGGGUGGGCGGGGGGUGGUGGUUGGUGGGGGAAGAGAAAGAACAAAUAUUAAGAAUUGUGAAUAAUGCUGUAUAAUAAAAAUCUUUAUCACUGUCAACGUAUGUUCAAAACUGUGUGUCACCAUUAUCCUGGCUUGAAAUAGUCUUCACGUUAUGAACACUUAAAAAAGCGUGCACUUUUUUCUGUUGGGACAUGAAAGACGAUUAAAACAAUGGAAAUUGUCUCUUGGCAGAUAAAAAAAAUUAUGGAGGAAAGAGUGUAAAAUGUCCAUUUAUUAGCAUAUUAAUAUUAGAUUAUAAAAAAAUAUUAAGGGUGAGGAAUUUACUACGUUGGUGUAUCUAAGGAUUUAAAGAAAUGUAUAAUGUUCGCACAACUGUGAAAAUAAAACUGUACAUUGUGAAACUGGGUUGUAUCCUGUACUAUAGAAAAUGUAUAAGAAAUAUAAAACACAGAAAAAAAAAAACUUGUGCAGGGAUAUCGCCUUAUGUGUCAGUGAAUAGGAGCGUACUUAAUCUAACAUCUGGCUUUAAAGAGCUCCUGGCUUUUUUUUUCUAUCCUAUCUACUGGUUUGACUUCAUAUAUUUAAGACAUCGAUGGAAUCUAAGUGUUCAUGUAGUAAUGAUUAUAGUCUGUGCCUGCAGGUCAGAUGAAAUAAAAUUAGAAUGUGA